AUGCGUGUGCUGACCUUACUCGGCCGCGUGGCCUUUAUGACCCUCUUUGCAGUCAUCUGCACGGCAGGUGUGCUGCACAUGCACCGCCCGACCCGCCGCUGGGCCUUUGCCUCUUUCUGCGUGGCCAUGAACAAGCGCUCGCCAGAGAUGCGCGCACUGCGGUGCGAGGUUGUGGGCAACGCCACGGGACACGUGUUGGAGAUCGGACCGGGGCCGGGCGGCAAUCUGGCGUGCUACGGCCCAGAGGUGACGGCGUGGACCGGCGUCGAACCGAAUCCGGAGUUUGCGCCGUAUGUGGCGGCCGCUGCUGCUGCGACAGAGCGAAAGAUCAGGCUUGUCGACGGCGUGGCGGAAGAUCUGGUCGCAGCAGGUGUGGCCGAUGCCUCCAUCGACACCUACGUGGCGACCCAUGUCCUUUGCUCUGUCGAUGAUGUGUCGCAGGUCCUGGCCGAGGCGUCGCGCGUUCUCAAGCCGGGUGGCAAACUGUUCUUCCUCGAGCACGUCCUCGCCCAGGACUCGCCCACCCUCGCCUUUGUCCAGCAGGCCAUCGCUCCUCUGUGGCGCAUCUUUGGCGACGGCUGCGAGUUCCGCACCCAGUGGUAUGAGCUCGAGGCCGCCGCCGCCGCCGGUCUCUUCAUCGAUCUCGAGAUCACCUUCUUCGACGCGCCCAUCAAGCUCGUCAUCGCCAAGCCGCACAUCAAGGGCUCGGCCACCAAGCCAUGA